UUACAAUGGACGGAAUUUACUGCCAAGGGCCUUGUCGGCUUGCAUUUCAAUGGGUCUAGGCCCAAAGCAUGAUGAGCGAUUCGAAUUGAAGUCUAAAGAACGAUCGCCUUGAAAGUAAAUACGUUCGUCCAAUAUUCUCGCAGCUUUUCCAUCCAUCGUUUUACGGUCCAUUGAAUUGUUGAUUAAUAGCGUGGAAGAAUUCCAUUUUAUAGUUGCUGAGCAUCAAUAACACCGGAUGUACACGAGAGGGGGGGACGGGUAUAAUUCGUUUUAAAUAUUUCCAAUUGAUAAUAAGUUACUUCUAAGAAGUAUAAAAUUCCUCUUGUGUUGAUGCAAAAUUAUUGAACGAACCUUCUUUUUGUGGGUCGCUUGGAUACAACAAUGAUUUAUAUCAGUCAGUUUCGCGAGAUUGGCGAAUUGGAGACCCAUUUUGGAAUACAUGAAUCAUUAAAUGAUCAGCUCAUUUUCGCGAUUGCCUUCUUCGAAGCCUUCCAAGAAGUUACGUAACAACGUCUGUCCAUGAAGAAUAAUAAUUUUAGCAUGCAUGAAUCAUAAUGUCGGACGAGGGAUUUCCUUCACGUACGAAUGAACUAAAACCUUCAUUUCUUAAACAAGCUCAGACGUAUAAGAGCCGUCGUAAAUGGUUCGUGACUUUAAAAGCCAUCGCCCAUCAUGAUUAUUUCCCCUAAGUAAAUCUCCAACGAUAGACUCGGACCUAACGUUAUUCCCCGUGUCUCAUUUUUUCGUCAACCGCCAAACAAGACUCUUUCCCCCGGAAUCUUGUGUCGUAGCCAUGCCCCAGAUUCAAACGAAAUCAGAACCUGAUCCAGUCCGAGUAAAAGAUAUGUUCACGGGGAAAUCCCCUUUGACCAUCCAUCCACAUCCCCUUUAUAUAGAGCGUUUUCUCCAGACUCAAGCAUCAUUACCAAUUUCGAGCUCAAAAUGAACAAAACCUUUCAAUUUAUCGUCCUCUUUUUUGUGCUUGUGGCCGUUUACGCCCAAUUCACUCUAGCCGCCCCUGCCGAGGAAUCUGAACUUCUCAGUCGAGAAAAACGCCAAUUCGGCGGUGGAUAUGGCGGUGGUAACAAGUUCAACCGUGGUGGAGGAUUUAACCGCGGAGGGGGAUUCAACCGUGGAGGCGGAUUUCGCCGAGGAGGCGGAUUCAGAGGCUCUCCUAAACGACAAGCCAUUCGAGCUGUGACUCGGCUGAUCCUCUCCAAUGGAUUCCGAGGAUAAAUCUUAAAUGCACCCUUAUAUCUGAAUAUGCUCAAAUGAUGCCGACCGACCAGAAUAAAUGAGAAAUUUCCAA